AAGAUUCAGGCACUUCGAUGAUACCGUUAUAUGCAUUUCAUUUUACUUUUCAAGUUUGGCUGAUUAAAUCUCCUGUGAGAUCCAACGUUCAAACAAACAGGAUCUUCGUUCAUACCCUGGGUGCCAGAGGGUUUUUUUUUUCUUCGCUACUCACAAAAAAAAACCACUCUCUGUCGCCGAGGGUACUUUGCAAUAUAUUUACAUUUUUCAAGUGAGAAAUCACUGAACUGGAUUGUUUCUGGCACAGAACUGAUCAUGGGGAGAAAAACACAGAGCUAAGCAAAAAAAUCUCUCAGUAUUUUUAAAUAUCCCUAACUUUUCUAUAUAUCUUAAAAGAUACUAAAUAUCUCGGAAAGUGCUAAACAUCCCCCAAAAUAUCGGGAUAUUGACAUUAAUGAAUAACAGACGUUGUUCUAAUGGGAGGCGAUGCGUGACGGGUCAACGUGGUUCGUCACCAGGGAUCGCUCUUGUGAAAUCAGAAACCAGAAAAUAAACAAAGCCGGCUCUCACACUGGGAUGCGUAGUGCAGGGAAGAUUCAUUCAGUAGAACUAUAAACGAACAUAACUGCACAGACCACUAUGUCAUAUACUGUGGCUCGCACGCCGCUGGCCUGGAUUCCAAUGCGCGAUGGAAUCAAACUCGCGGCACGACUCUGGAUGCCAGAAUUGGAUGACAACAGCACUGAUAGGUCAGAAGAAGGUGAAAAGUUUCCUGCUAUACUAGAAAUCCUUCCUUAUCGGCGCGCAGACUACACAGCUCAGAGAGAUGAAAAGACCCACUCGUAUUUUUGCUCUCAUGGCUAUGUGUGUGUCCGGGUAGACAUGCGGGGAUCUGGGGACUCGGAGGGAUUUUAUUACGAUGAAUAUGAAAAACAAGAGCAGGACGAUUGUUGUGACAUCAUCGGCUGGAUUUCUCAGCAAGACUGGUGCACUGGAAAUGUUGGCAUGUAUGGGAAAAGCUGGGGAGGAUUCAAUGGCCUUCAGGUUGCUGCUAGACGACCCUCAGCAUUGAAGACUAUCAUAUCUGCUGAUUCCACUGAUGAUCGGUAUGCUGAUGACAUACAUUACCGCGGUGGCUGUGUUCUUGCCAGAGAAAUGCUGUCAUGGGCUCACAUCAUGUUCCUUUGGAAUGCGCGCCCUCCUUAUCCAGAAAGCAUGGGUCCCAGAUGGAAAGAAGUGUGGCUGGAGCGUUUGAACAAAUCAAGUGAACCAUGGGUACACAAAUGGUUAUCACAUCAGGCACGUGAUCCUUACUGGCAGCACGGUUCCAUUUGUGAAGAUUACACCUCCAUCACGUGUCCAGUGUUUCUGAUUGGUGGAUUUUCUGAUCUCUAUACUGACGCAGUAUUUCGCAUGGUAGAACAUCUCAAGUGUCCUGUCCGUGCGUUGGUUGGGCCAUGGUCUCAUAAAUGGCCUGGGUUCUCUUCACCAGGGCCUAAGAUAGACCACUUAAAAGAGUGCCUCAGGUGGUGGGACUGUCAUUUAAAUGGCCUGCCUACCGGUGUCAUGGAUGAACCCGUUAUAAGAGUGUUUUUGAGGAAUGGCAUUUCAAAUGCGCACAAGGAAGAUAUCUGGCCAGGGAGAUGGAUAGCGGAGGACCGCUGGCCCUCACCCAAUGUACAACGUCAAGAAUUCAUUUUACAAAAUGACAGAGGCUUGGUACUAGCAUCGGAGAACCAAGGACAGUGCACCUGCAAUAAGCCAAUUGAAUCCAAGGUGUCAGUGAAGUCCUCUUUUUUAAGUGGAGCAUGGAGCGGUCUCCCGCUGGCAAGUAGUAUUGAGGACCUGCCUGUGGAGCAAAGAUUAGAGGACGCUUUGGCCGAGUGCUGGGAGACAGCAACACUUAAAGAGCCUGUUGCACUGUUGGGAUUCGCAGAGGUGCACUUGCAGCUGAGCUGUGAUAGGCCCUGUGCUUUGAUAGCCGCUAGACUGUGUGACGUGUUUCCGACUGGAGAGUCUUCGCUUAUUACAAGAGGCGUUCUAAACCUGACCCAUCUUCGUGGUCAUUCACCAAAGGAUAUCCAGGCUCUGAAGCCUGAUAAAACCUUCCAAGCGCAGGUUAAAUUUGAUUCCACUGCCUAUACUGUAGCCGCUGGUCAUAAAAUUCGUCUGGCGCUCUCCUCAGUCCACUGGCCGUAUGUCUGGCCUUCUCCGCACUCGUCAUUCCUCUCGAUACAGACCGGAUGUAAGAGUAAGCUACUACUUCCGGUUCGAGUAUCAAAUGAAGAAGUACAUGGAAGGGAUGCCUUGUUGCGUGGGCUUGACCCUCCUGAUCCAGAAUACAAACAUGCUAUAUUACCUGUUGAAUGGCGGAGAAAACCCCAGAAGACAAGGACUCUAGAGAUUUGUCAACUGUCUGAUGAGUACAAACUGUCGGUUUCCAAAGACCUUGGGUGUGUUCUUCUGAAAGAUACAAACACUAUCUACGAUGACGUUAGAACUGAAACCUUCACAAUCAAAGAAGGUGAGCCAAACACAGCCAAGGUCACCAUGAAAGGCAAGGUUACAGUGAAGAAGGAGAAUGACUUCGCUGAAGAAGAGGGCAGCGGGCUCAACCGGUGGGAUACUAGUGUCCAGGCUCUCAGCGAGAUGUGGUCUGAUGAACAGUUCUUCUACCUGAAAAGUCAACUAACGGCGUGGCACAAUAAUGAAGAGUGCUUUGAUGAGACAUGGACAAAGAAAAUUGAACGGUUUUUUGUUUGACGUCUCACCUAAGUACAAAAGUGCAUUGUGAAACAACAAAAGGUUUACCUGUCUAACGAUUGCAAAUUUUAAUUUGAAAAUCAUAACAUAUUGCGUAAUGCAUAUUCUGUGGAAGUGAUUUUUAUGUAUUUUUGUAAUUCGCUUUCCGAUUGAAUUUUUAGCAUUUUUAUGUUUUUACCGCGCGACCCCACCAGGACACUCAGAUUCCAGUAAAGGGGGUGGUGGGACAGGGGAGUAGUGGAGGGGGGGGGGGGGCAUUUGGGUCGACGGCGAUCAUCUCUGGCGGACACAACAAAAAACACGCAAUUUGAAACUGAGUGUACCCCACAAGUAUUUGGAUUUAGUUUGUAUCGUUUAUUAAUAACGAUUAUCUAUCUAUCGAUCUAGUUCGAAUUUUAUUUAAUUUAAAUGCACGUGAUGAGUUUAUUAAUCACCUUGAAAUUUAUCACAAAUAAAAGAGCCGUGAGGAAGAA